UGUCGCCCCUCCGCCGACUUGCCGUAGAAAAGCGAAAGUCUUCCGGACGAAGAUGUCAUAUGUGAAACUGGUGUCGCUGUGUGUUGGAGCUCCAGGUGUAACGGGGCUGCUGUGUGGUUCAGUGCUGGCUGCCACUGAGGGGAAGAAGAAGCUCUCACAGCCUGCUCUCAGCAUCGAGGAGCUGCCGUCUUUAUACACCAGACCCGAAGCAGAGCCUCGGUACGUGGAGCCAGAGGCGGGGCAGUUGGAGCAGAGCGUGGCAUCGCUGAGGGAAUGGGCCGAACCGUACACCAACCAGUGUCAGCAAACGUGCCAGGCUGCAGUGGAGAGAGUUGAGAAAGUAUACCGGACCGUGGAGCCCACGAUCAACACGUCCGUAACAACAGUCACAGGUGCAUACCAGUUCCUCAGUGACCCUCCUCCCGACCUCUACCCCAGUGUAGCGGUGGUGAGCUUCACUGGCUUCCUUGGACUUUAUCUGGCCAAAGGCUCCAAGGUGAAGCGACUGGUAUUUCCAGUUGGACUGAUGGCUCUGAGCGCCUCCAUGUUUUACCCUCAGCAGGCUGCAUCCUUACUCAAGGUGAGUCGGGACACGGCGUACACCUGGGCUCAGCAGGGCCGCGUCACCGUGGAGACGCUUUGGAAAGAGCCGCCGUUUGGUAAAAAGAAGAAAGAGACGUCAGAGAGCAACGACACGACCAGCUGAGACAGCAAGAAGACACACACACACACACACACACACACACACACACACACUCAGGCCCAGAGCCUUGUGCGAGGGCCUGUAAGCUGCAGUAUUUAAGUUUAUAUCACAGAACUCCUUUCUGUUUCCUCUUCAGUCAUUCCUGAACGCCGCCGCCUCUUCCAAGAAGCAGGUUUACACAUCUUUCUGGCAUUCUUCUGCAGGGCAUAUUCCAGGUUUGUGACCCUGCUUCUUGGAAGACUCCCUCAGCUCCUCCUCCUGUUAUCAUUCCAAGUCUCUCCCUCGUUGACCUAAGCUCUUCCAGUUUCUGAUUUGAUUAACAAAACAGGGUCACGGUGUAAAAUGUCUGCAGUGUUAUCGGCAACACGUCCACAAUGUGUGCCACCGCCACGGCACAACACCGCCCGGCAGACGGGCACAGAGACACAUGGAACUGUUGGAAAACAUCAACGAAGGAGCUGAACGAUUAGUUGAUCCACAGAAAAUCACUCAAGCAGUUAAUUGUGAAGUAAUUUUGGUGAUUCCAGCUUCACAAAUCUGAGUAUUUGCUGCAGUUGCUUGUCUUACUUUGUAGUAAACUGAAUAUCUUUGGGUUUUAAGCUGUUAGAAGACAUCACCUUGUGUUCUGGGAGCGAUAUGGACAUUUUGUUUUCUCCUCUUUUAUGGACCAAUUAUUUAAUGAAGCCCUAAAAGGAGCAGGACCAAUGUUAGAAAACACAAAUAGAAGGAAUUUUCCACUUCUGAACUCCACUACUGAGGUUAUUUAUGUUUUUUUUGUGUUAUUUGUGUUAGUAGAAUAUCUUAAAAACAUUUUUGGUGCACAUCCGUCCUUUUUAAAGCAACACAUUUGGAGGAUUGUGGAGACGUAUGUGUACACGGUUCGUCCUGAUAUCAACUCCUGUUCACUUUAAAGGAAUAGUUCAACAUUUUGGGAAAAACACACUUUUCUUUUCAGUUUCCUGCUGAGGGUUAGAUGACCGGAUCAAUAACACACUCACAUCUGUACGAUAAAUGUAAAGGUGGAGUCAGCUGCUGGUUAGCUUAGCAUAAUGAAUGGAAACAGGGGGAGCAGAUGGAUUAAGAACAACACAAUGUUGUGGGUUUACAGCUGUUCUGUGGUGGAUUAUUUCUUUUAUUGACCAGAAACUUUCUUCAACUUUCGACUUUAUUUUGUCCUCUGAGGACAAUUGGAUUUUCCAGCAAUGCAUAGUACAAUACAUACAAGGACAUAAACAUAAAUACAGGCCUAACAACACAACACAAAGCCACUGCAGCAACAACAUCUAAAAACUACAAGUGGCAGCUGUUUCCAGUCUCUAUGCUAAGCUGAGCUAACCUGCUGCUAGUUUCAAUCUUUAUAUUUAAAGUGCAUCGAUCUUUUCAUCUAACUCUCAGACAAAAAGCAGAUAUUAAUCUUUCCCUCCAGCCUUUCCUCUCAAUGAUCGUUCAGUGUGUUCACUGUGUUCAUAUUUAUUUCAGCAUUACUACUGCUGUGCUACAGUAAAGGGCCGAAUAAUGUGUGUACUCCAGCUUGAGUUACUAAUGGAUGAGCUGAACGUGUUAUUGUCCCCGUGUCUAAUAAUGCACUGUAUAUACUGUAUGAGGUUUUAUUGUAAUGUAAUUAAACCUGGCAUUCGACGGA